AAACGGGACUGCAAAUUCAACGAGCCACUCACCAAUAUAGCAAAAAAACAAAAACAAAACAAUGUUGAAUCAAGAAAGGCCCCGAACGCAAGAUGAUUUUCAUUGUGUUGCCUUAAUUAAUCUGUUAUUCCAAUCCCCUCAAACCCACCGGAAACGAUGAGAGGCGACUGCAUUCGCCGGCUAAUCAAACAACAGAGUAAGAAAUUGAAAGGGAAAGCUUCUCAGACCAUGAUCUAUUUCAAUGAUAACUGGAACAUAUGUAGAGUACAGAACAAGUCUAUUUUGAUAUUCAGUUAUGCGAUAACUAAGUCACGGCAGCUACUUUCAAAGGCUGAACCACAAACAAGUAAACAUGCCAUUUUUGUCAAUGUUUUUUAUUUAUUUUAUUUUUAUUUUAUUUAUUUAAACAUAUUUGUUAUUGUUUUCCCCCAAAGCACCUAGGCUUAUCAAGGGGGAUUACAAAAUUAGAAUUCCUACUGACUUCAUUUAUUCAGGCUCACACACAAACAACACACAAAAAUUGCACUGAAAACAACAGCUUACACAUCUAGAGAUACGUAACAGUGGCCACUGAUUAGUAUUAAUUAUAAAACUUUGUACUUCUCGAAAAAAAAGCACAGUUGACAUCGUAAGUCACAGACUGAACACCGUACAAUAAAAAAUUUAGUUUCCCAGCGUCGCUGCUCGAUGACCAUGUUUCACGGAGAAUAUUAGCAGUAAUGAGCCUCAAUGUUUAGUUUUCCAUGUCAGAAUUUACAGUUUACCAGGGCGAAGAAUGACAAUGUCAAUUGCUGUUUGUGAGCAUAAUUCGUAAAUUAUGGUUACAUAAACUAAAUGGCUAUUUCUCUGAGCGUCAAAAGUAAUUGAGUCGUAGUUGACAGUCGUUUUGAUUCAACAUUACCGCGCUUAGUGAUUGGUUUAAAAACACUCGCGCCACUUUCUCGUCCAAUCAGAAAUAGAACUGAAACCAAUCGUGAAUCACUUGUAAACGUUUAACCUGCGACAAGUGUCGGCUACAUGCACUUGCUUUAAUUAUAAAGAGCUUUAAAUUUUGGUUUUGAGUCGGGGUUAGUAAAACAAAGUUAACCGAUUUUUUGCUACACACAGUCAUAGGGUCGCCAUCUUGAACAAUUUGGCGAGGCGAGGGAAAUCUGAGAAGAGGACAAAACUGCUCCUUCUCGACUCUUACUACAAGAGUUUUGUUCGUUCGCCAUGCAUUAUUCAAGAUGGCGACUCCAUGAUCGAACGUCACAGUCGGACGAUUUCAGCGCUAAAGCAUUUGAGCUGUUUGCACUCUAGUUGAAAAAAUGUUGCCGAAAAGUUUCGAUCAAAGCAGAUAUAUAUUUAAUUUGUUUCGAAUCAACAACCGUCAACCGGGAGCGAAAAAUUUAAUGAAAGCUCCCUGCGUUUUUCAAUAAACGGGAACAGAAACAUAGCAGGGGCUAUUUCUUCUCCGCUCAUGCAUAGCCUUUGCACAAAUUACAUAUUUAGUAUGCACAACAGAAAAAUUGACCAAUAACUAUUUCUUUGUGAUUGCUUCCCCAGCCAAAUCCACUCGCAUAAAGUUAUCUUCUAAACAAAAAUGUCAUUGUCGAGGUCUUUUUUUGCUGUAAUAGUCAACGAUAAACGAAGAAUUAGGAACAUUCGCACAGUCUAUUUAAUCAAGCUUAUUGCAAACGCCGAAUUCCUGUAGUGAAGAGCCUUGUCUGACCGGUGGCAUCUAGAGACCGACUCAUUUUCAUGUAUAUUAAGGUUAUCAUUUUUCAUGUCUCGCACGUUGAGGGGGGUAAAUACGCGACAUUUUUGCAAGCUCGCCUAACAGGAUUUCUUUGACGGUAUUUUUACUGGGUUCCUUCACUGCAAGAUCGAUAAACAACACGAAAUCUGCCUGCCACUUCACCAACUGUACUGAGUUGAAUUCUCGCAUUUUCAAGAACUUCAAGAAUGUGAAAAUGAAGGAAAAGAAAACAUAGCAAGCCAGCGUUGCGCUUGCAAGCCUACAGCUCUCUUCUGACCCCUUUGCUAAGGAAUUUGUUAUUUAUUUUGUCGACUUAAAGAUGGCCUUGAUUAACAAUCGCACAAUUUCUACAGAGCUCUUUUUGGAAACACACAAAAGGCUUGGAGCUCCUUUGUUAGCAAGUAGAAGUGGAACCGGAAAAGUUUCCAAAUGAGAUCACAUCACAAGCGAAACAAGAAAUUCAGAAGUCAGUGACUUCGUGUUUUUGAGAAAGAAAUCACUUUGCUUUGAGUUCAGUUCCUUAUACUUCCUCGGUAUAGAAGGCUAGGAAAUCGUAAUAAAGUUAAUGUUUAUUUAUUGGUUGGUAUUGCAUGUUUGACUUGACAAUUAAAUGCUUUGCUUUUCGAUUAUUAUGGCUGAGCACGAAAAGAAACGUUAGCAACCCUUCAGCAAAUCGCUUUCUUUUCAGAUUUGCAUAACAGCAGGUCAAAAGUUUAAAAUAGAAAUACAAUGAAAGUUUUUUAAAAAAUCAAAAAAUAUAUUCGUUUGCUUGAGUCAAGUCAGCAUGGCCUAAACUUAAUUUCGCGUAGUGUCUCCUAAAUGUGGUUGUGAGAUUAGCUUUCGAGUAUGAAGAAUGAAGUUAACUUCUCUCCGAUGUUAACCAUUGUCCGUAAAUAAAGGCACAUAAAAGAAUGCAAACGCCAUUCCACCUUUUUGAUUCACAAACCCUCAGGGAGGACAAAUUCUUGAAAUGUUUCAUUCCCUUCGAGGCGUGUUCAUAGAUGAGCUCUUUGAUUGUUCUUUAAACCCAAUCUUUCGAGAACCUUUGUGAUCUCGGGCCUUGCUUUGUCCGUAGGAGGCGACGCGGAACUACAUAACAUAUUCAAUUUGAGCUCUACAGCCGUCUGCCACGCAAGUGGGAGCUUGUCUUUGAACUUGCGUGCAGCCUGCAAGCAGCUCGAGUAAGCUCGAAUAGUGACGUGCAGGUUUCAUCCAAGCGAAUUCCAACGACUGUAACCUUACAUUUGGCAAGGAUAGCGUGACGUUUGGAUUGCCAGACGAUAUCCUUUCAUCCGGAGUCGAGGAAGCUAUAUCAACUCUUCAAGGAAAGACCGAGAUAGUGAACUUAGCAUCAUGUCUUCUCGACGCCGUACUACUGGCAGGAACUUGCCCGCAGACCCUCGGACCACAACGGUCAUCAAAAAUGAAGAAGCUGGCAUUGCGUUGAUAACGGCGACCAAUCAAGAGUGGGAAGAGGAAUACCAAAGAUUGCUUCUCGAGCACCGAGACUUGAAGGAAAACUACGACAAAGUGGAGAGCAAGUACCAAGAAAUCCAGAAGGAAAAUGUGAAAGUAACGAGGCAUAUGGAGCUCUCAAUUGAGAAGUUCAACCGAGAAAAAGACGGCCUCAUUCGACAAAAAGAGGAGCUUAACAUUCAAAAUGAGAAACUGCGGAGCGAUGUUCGCGAAAAGGGUGGCAAGAUUGGCGACUUGCAAAAGGCUCUAGUGGAAAGCCAAAAGAAGGCCGAUUCUCGCAAGGAGGAGCUGUUCACCAAAACCAAGCAACUAGAGAAGUUGGAAAUUCUCAUCAACGGUCUUCAGAACCACACCAUUCCAGAACUGAAACAGAAGCUCAACAAGUCUGAGGCUGACAUGGAGAUAUUCAAGGAGAAAAGUAAACAGCUUAACGUGGAUCUUGAUAAGGCUGAAGAAAAGAAUGAUGAAGAUCAACAGACCAUUGAGAAACUACGCAAGGAGAAGAACGAACUUAUCGAGAAGCUGGCUAGGGCCGAACGCGAGACGAGGGAGGCCGAAGACGCGCGCCAUAAGGAAGAAGACAAGGUAGUCAACCUGCAAAACAAAGAAAUAUCGCUUCACGACAAGAUCAGUCAGUUGGACGCGGAACUUCUCGCUGCGGAAUCAAAGAUAAGAGACUUGGAAAACGAGCUGAACAGGCGGCUGGCCGAACCAGUCGAAAAGAGUUACAACAUCAAUGUAGUGGAAAGUGAACCAGCACUUCAGUCAGCUCCACCUAGCUUUUCGUUUGGAGAUCACUACGACAAAGAGCAGUUCGAGAUGUUGGAGAAAAAAGUAAAGGACCUGGCAGAUAAGAACAAGCGAUUUGAAGACGAGAACUUAGGCUUGAAGGGGAAACUCGAUAUGGCCAGUAAGGAUAUCAACAAGUGGGAGAAAAAGUAUGAAGACGAGAACAGGGAGAAGAGUAAGAUUGCAGCUCUGCUUGAAAAUGAAAAGGGGAAUUAUGGACGGCUCAAGAAUGAGUACAACGAGUUGAAAAGCCAGCUGGCGAAGGCGGAGAGGACGAUAGAGCAUGAUAAGAAGGAGAUGGCUAGAAAGGACAGAAUCAUAGAAGAACUGAGGGCGAAAAUUCUGCAGCUGGAGCAAGACGUCGAGGAUCGAGAGGGCACCAUUGCCAAGCUUGAAAUGAAGCUAGAGCAGUUGGAGAAAGAAAUGGAAAAGCUGCACGAGGCCACUUUGGAACAUCAGAAAAAAUAUGGCGAUCUUGAUAGUGAUUAUAAAGUCAGUGAAAAAGAGAAAGAGUCCGUACAACGAGAUCUCGACCAAGUAUCCAUAAAAAUUGCUGAGUUGGAGAGUAAGUUGAGAGAAUCUGAAGAAGAGAAAAACUACUUGCAUAAGGAGAACGCAGAUCUUCGACAGAAGCGGUUGCGCUUGGAAGAUGACUUGGACACUAUUAACAAAGAUAAAACAGUGUUUGAGAAUCAAGUCCAAGACUGGUCUGACCAAAGCAGCAAACACCGCAAGAUAGCCGACAAUAUGAAAAAGAAACUGGCUCAAGCUCAAGACGAGGCAGAGCAGUACAAGAAAGAACUGGCGCAGAACAACAACAAGAUAGACGAGUUGAAUAAGAAAUUGUUCGACCUCAACUCGCUUUAUGAUACGAGCCAGACAGACCUUUCAAGUGCCCAGGACAAUAGCGCGUUCAAAGAUGACGAAAUAAAGCAUUUGAAUAAGAAGAUUGACAACAAAGAGAAUGAAAUUAGCAAGCUUGAAGCUCAGCUAGAGAAGACGACAAAAGAAAGGGACAAUGCUGAGGUUGAACUUGCUGGUGUCCUGGAAAAACUUCAGCAUAUGGAACCAAAACGAACAACAAACGAUGAAGUCUUCAAACCAGCCGAGGUGACCUAUUCUUACCAGCAACCAGACUUGGAAACUGACCUAGCACCCCUCCGUCAGAGAAUCGACGAACUUGAAAAUGAAAACAACAGGUUGAAAAAGAUUGAAGAACAUCUCCAAAGCGACAUCAAAGACAGGUUAGUCCAAAUCGCUGCACUGGACAGAGAGAAUACUAAGGUCAAAGCAGAAAAUGAAGACUGGGAGAGAAAAGCAAAUGAUAUGAAGAGAAAAAUACACGCCCUGGAGAAAGAGGAAGAUGAACUUAUGGACACCAAUACCGACCUACGCGAAAGACUAGAUGACCUGAGUCCAGAGGUUGACAAGCUGCAGAAAAAGGUAGAAACGUUAACCCUUGAGCGCGACAGACUGAAGGAAUAUCUCAGCGAGUCGAACUUCAAAUUCACCCAGAGCAAAGAAGAUUACAACAAAAAGAGUCUGGAUUUCUCGGAGCAGGUAAAAGUAAACAGCACGCUUGGGAAGACUGUUAAGAAGCACGAAGCUACAAUGGAAUCAUUGACCCAAAAAUGCAAAAUGCUGGAAGAAGAACUAGAAGAUUUGAGACCGGAAUUGAAAGCAGCAUUGGCGAAAAAUGAAACAUUGGAGACCGAAAACAAAGAGUUGGAUUCUCGCAAUAAAAUACAAAAACGCAAGAUAGACGACUUGCAAAAAGAACUACGAGAAGAGAUCGAAGCAAAGGAGUUGCUGCAACAAGAUGUCGACUCAUUGGGCUACAAGUUGAACGUCGCAGACGCAAACAACAAGGCACUAACCAAGCAAAGAAAUGAUUUGCAAAGUCAGAUCGACGACCUGGAAAGCAAACUAAGGAAAAUCAAGCCAGAGCUCGAACAAUGUCGAAACAAGCUUAAAGACAAAGAUCGCAUCAUAAGUCGAUUGCAAUCAGAUUUGAAAGACAAGGAUUCGCAGCUUACCGCAGCCAAACGAAAGAUCAAUACUCUGGAUGAGACAUGCACCUCAUUAAGAAAAGAGGCAGAGGCUCAUAAGAGUGCAAGUGAAAUUAACCGAAAUCGCGUAAAGGAGCUUCAAAUUCAGCUUCAGGAGAUGGGUAACAGCAUGCAGACAGCCGUGGCGAACGUCUCCGUCGUUCAUUCAGCACCACCACAAAGCUUCAGAGAAGAAAGGCUCCGCAGUACACCUGACGAAAGGAUUCACGACUUGGAGACACUGCUGAAGAAGAGCGAGGCUCGUGAAGAUCAGUUAAGGGAUCAGCUGCAACGCCUUGAGAACCGUCUUCCUAUAGCAGAGAAGGACGCUAAAAAAGCUCAAGACAAAAUAAGCGAGCUUCAACCUAGUGUAACCAAUCUACAAAGGAAACUGGAGGACCUAAGAAAAGUGUUAGACAGAAGCAACCGUGAAAAAGAAGAUGCCAAAAAAGAGUUGAUGGAGGCUCAAACACAACUGACAGUUUUGAAAACAAAAGGCGAGGCGGACGCGAAUGAAAUCUCAUCCUUGAAAAGUCAGUUAGAACAAGCCAACCGACGUCUCGCAGAGAAUCAUGAAAAACUGCUAGCUAUUGACGAGGAACAUGUGCAUCUUCGCUUGCUUGUAGAUGGUCAUAAUAAAGACAAGGACGACCUCAAGACAGCGUAUGAGAGAUUGCAAAUAAAAAAGAACGAACUGGAAAACACGGUGGAAAUAAAGGAGUCCAAUUUGAAAUCAAGCCAACAUGCUUGCGACACGUUAAGAGAGGAGAAGAUUAAGGCACAACAGGAGCUUAACGAACUUCGACGGACAACUUUAGCUGACUUAAAGAGAAACCUCACCCGCAUGCAAGGUGAGCGAGAUCGUGCUUUGGAAGACGGCAGGAUGGCUAUGUCGAAAAUAGAAGAUCUUGAAAAUCAGUUGGCAGAGGCCAUGACGAAACGAAAAGAGCUAGAAAGGGACAACGACGACCUCGAAGCUGAGAUACGCCAACUGAAGAACGAAAUUGAAACGAAUCGUAAAAAGAUUGAGGACCUGGAGGAUAAAAUAGAAGUAUUAAACCUUGAACUCGAGAGAGACGAGAAAGAUAUAGAUUCUUUGAAGGAAGAAAAAAUCAAGCUCGAAGAUGAGUGUGCAGACCUCCAAGUUAAACUGGCAGAGAAGCAGGAUGUUAUUAACAUCGCUCCGAUGCAAGUCGCCAAUGUAGAAACAACCUACGCAGCCGCCCCCGGGUUUGAUUUCGGUUCAGAUCCAGACGCUUUAAGGGAUCUUGAAGAUGAAAAUAUGGAUCUAAAAGAGAAGCUACAAAGAGGUGAAAUGGAAUACGACGUUCUGCGAGAGCAACUAAAUGACUACAAGAACAAGCUGGGAGACUCGGAGGGCAAGUGCCAGCGUCUUGAGACAAACCUUAAAGACAAAGACAAUCGCCUGCAGGAGCUUGAAAAGACGUUGCCAGAGGCUGUGGAGGAGCUAAAUUUGGUAACUGAUAAAUAUCAUUCAGCGGAACGCGAACUAGAGCUCUUAAAGGAUGAGUUACAAGACGCACAGACCAAGUUAAGUUCUGCUGAAGCACAACAAGCUGCUGGAUUUGCCAAACUCAGAACACUGCAGCAACAACUAGAAGCUGCCCAGAAGGACUUGCUUGACAAGAAUGACGAUGUUAUCGAAAAACAACGUAAAAUCAACGAGCUCUACGCUAUUCUGGAGAGCGGAGGCAAGGACUCAGAUCGCUUGAAGCAAGUUAUUGAGGAGUUGAGAGAAGAUGUUGACCUUAAAGACAGAGAGAACGCAAAACUACAGAAGGAUAUUCGCAUCACUCAAGAAAACCUCGCUAAACUUCAAGCAGCCUUGGAGGACAUGGAAGGCAGGUUAAAUGACACAGAGAAUGAGCGAGAAGAAUACAAAAUGAAAGCCGAUGGUUUAGAGGUAGAGAUCGAAAUGCGCGAUAAAGUACUGGAAGAGGCACAACAUGAAGUAGACGAAACCAGGGACAAGUUGAAGGCAGCCAAGAAAGAGAUUGACGCCCUUCGUAGUCAACUAAAAGAAGCAAAUGUCAGCUUAAAGGCAGCCACUGAUGAGAAGAGGAUCCUUGAGAAACGAAUUGCCGAACUGCAAGCAAUAAUUGAACAGCUGAGGAAAGAAUUAUCUGCUAAGAAUACAGCGAUUACUCCUAAAUCUGGAACAAGCGAUGCAUAUCUAAACGAACUUAGGAACAAACUUGCAGAGUACCGAACAAAAUAUCAGGAAGUUUGCAACGAAAAGAUGAGACUAGAGCUGGAACUGCGAGAAAAAGAUGUCAAGAUUUCACAAGUUUCUGGUCCAUCGGAUACAUUACGCGAAGAGCGAGACCGUCUUAAAGACGAAGUUAUAAAACUGCAAGGCACUCUCAAAGAAACAAAGAAAAACUAUCAAAAAGCUCAAAGGGAUAUAGAAGAACUACAACGUCGCUUGGUGUCAAAGGACAGCGAAAUAAAGCGCUCGGAAGAUAAAAUUGCAAAACUAGAGGAGGAAAAAGAAAAAAUGAAGAAAGACUAUGCCAACUUGGAGAAAAAGAACUCGGAUUUGAAAGUUGAAUACGAGAAGCUCAAAUACGAGAAGAACAAGGCAGAAAAUGAACUUUCUCUGCUAAAGAAGAAAUUCCAGGCUCUGCAAAACCAGAUCAACACAGUGGAUGUGCCCAGGCAGAAGCAAGACGUUGUGAGCAGAAAGAAGUAUCAAGAAUUGGAGGCAAGUUGUCAGGAUGCACUGCGUGAAAAGGAGAGGGCAAAGAGUGAUAUGGCUGCUUACCGAACUAAGAUGGCAAGGUUGGAAGCCGAGAUGAACGAACAGAAGAGAGAGAAAGACGUUUUGGAAGAUGAAAAGCAUCGUCUAAGGAACAGCGAAGCUGAGCUUAAAAACAAGCUCCAAACAUCGAGAGACAGACACAAGGAAGACAAAGACAAGAUGCUGGAGUGGCGUAAAAACAAUUUCUCACCCUUAGAGCAAGAACUUCAGAGAACCAAAGGACUCAUCAAAAAGCUCGAAAAGAUGAACGCAGCCAAAGACCACGAAAUUGGAGAUUUGAAGGACGAUCUUGCAGAUCGUGAUAGGAGAAUUGCCGAGUUGGAGGACGAACUGGAAAAUCAGGAUGUCACUGACGCUGGGCCACUAGACUCAGUUAACAUAGACAUCAGAGGAGACUCAGAAGCACUUCAACGGGCUCUGGAUGAAAAAGCAGAUGCGGUGAAAGAAGGUCAGAGGUUGAAAAGCAAAUUGUGGACUAUAGAGCACGACAUGGAAAUUCAGAAGACAAAAGAAGCUCAGCAAGAAAAAAUGGUAGCUGAAGUGAAUAACAUGAACGACAAAUUGAAGGACGAAAUACGACAGCUAAAGAAAGGAACUUGGGACCAACAAGGGUCAUACAACAAGCUCAUUAAAGAGAAUAGCGAGCUCGCCUACCAAGUUAACACGUUGAAAGAAGACAAAGAAGACUUGGACAAAGACAUUCAAGAACUCCGCGAUGAGCUGAACGACGUAAGAGGAGAAAAUAGAAAAUUAAUGAUAGAGAACAAAGACCUCAAGAUGGACCUGCAGCAGUUAGAAAUCAAGCUGCACGAAUUGGAAAUUGGACACAAGCUUGCAAAGGACGACAACGAGAAAAUCAGGAGUGAUCUGUUACAGACUCAGAGCGAGAAUGCAGAUUUGAAGGACAGCUUGAACAGGCGUGAUGAUGAAAUGAUCCAGGUGCAAGCAGUAGCUACAGUGGAAAGUGCCCCACCCAUGAUGUUCGAAGAUGACGUGGAUGGAAUAAAACGGGACAAAGACAAACUGCAAAUUGAGCUAGAGGCGGCGGAAGAUCAGGUUAAAAUGCUGCACGACGAACUUGACGACAAGCAGGCCAAAAAUGACCAGAUUCAAGUCGAGCUGACAGAAGCCAGAAGAAGACUCAAAGAAGACGAAGCAGACAUCAAGAAGCUAGACGCUGAAAUCGAAAAUCUACGCCACGAGCUGGAUCUAGCGAACCAAAACUGCGACGAUCAACGAACCGAGAAUCAAGAUCUUUUGGAAGCAAAGGAAAAUCUUCAGACAGAGGUGACCGAUUUGCGUGCAGAUGUGAAAGAUAUGGAGACAGAACUACAAAAACUAGCUAAGGUGAAAGCUGAUUUGGAACGAGAGCUGAAGAGAGCCGGUCAAGCACCCAUAGAAAGGCGACCUUCACGAGAUCUUCACAACGAAAAAGAAAAGAAGAUCAGAGAACUGUCAGAAAAAGUCGUACAGUUGGAGCGGGAUAUACAGAAGGGUGGAUACGAACUGACAUCACUGAGAGAAGAGAAUGAUGACUUGCAAGAGAAGAUAAAUAGCCUAAGGGAUGAGAACAACUUCCUCCAUUCCAAGUUGUCCCAGCUUGAACAUGAUAACAGGAGAGAUAAUAACAAGAUCGUUGAACUCGAAAAAGAGAAGCAAGAACUGCAAGAUAUGUUAGACAACAGCAGUGGCGGAAUCGAUUCCGGGAGAGACAAAGACCUGACGACAGAAGAGAACAAGACAUUGUUAGAGAGAAACAAAAAGCUGCAAAAUGAUCUAGAACAUCUCAAGCAGGAAAAAGCCAACAUGAAGAGGCAACUGGAUGAGUACAAUAGGAGGUUAGAUGAUAACUCGAAUCAGCUAGCCGUUCAGAUUACGAAAUUUGUUGGAGAUCAGAGCGAGACAUUCAGGAAAGACGCCCAGGAGAAAGACAACAAAAUUGAUAAGCUGCAGCAAGAGAAGUUGGAAGUAGAAAAGAAGUUAGAAAGUCUGACAGAGGAGUUGGAUGCAGCACAAUCUAAUCUCAGCGACAUUCAGAACCAAAAUGAAAUUCUUCAGGAGGACAUAAAGACCUUAAAGGAGGACAAAGCCAAGCUGGAUAACAAACUUAUUGAAGAAAUGAACUUCAGCAAGGUCAAGACCGCUGAGCUGGAGGCCGAACAGGAUAUUCUUAAGAACAAGAUUAAGGACAAAGACGAUCUUGUCAAAAAGUAUGAAAAACAACUUCAGCAGCUCCGAGAACAGUUGGCCAUGUCUGUUCCCAGCGACCAGGCCUCAACCACUUUGAUACUGGAUGUAGACAAGCGUCGGAAGCAGCGCCAGCACAGCCUGAUGCUGUCCUACCAAGAGGGUUUGAUGAACAGGCCAGGUGGACUGUACCGCUCGACAAGUGAAAGCAGUCUCCCCAACGGCGACAUCUCCAGGUCAAGCGACAGCGGCAAAAGCGACUUAGAGCACUCUCAGAUUGGCGAACUCCUCAGUAAAGAGAUCCCGCAGAGUAGACGAAACAGGGACAGCGCACCCAGAGACCACGUAGGUGAGACGGUUGAGGCUACCUCAAAGGUCACUACAGAGUCAGAGCCUGAUUAUGCCGCACAGUUACGCAGCAGCACGCCAGUCGACGAUAAUGAAGAUAUAAAGAGCAGCAGGAGACCAUCUGAUAGAGAUUCUGGAAGCCAACGUUAUGGAGGUUACCGGGACAGUGACAGCACUCGAAGCAGAGUCAGUAGCGGUAGAGACAGAGACCGAGAUUCAGACAGCAUCAGAGGCCGUGAGUCAGACAGGGCUGACAGGCGUUCCGAACGUGGAAAGGACCGCAACAGAUCUGAAUGCCAGCAGAAUUAGGUACAGGAAUCAAAUAACUGUUGUCAGGAUUUAUGAACUCUCACAGCAGUGUUCAUCUAAACUGUAGUUCAGCACACCAUUUCUUACUUAGCUGUCCAAAGAGGAAAGCAGCAGAGCAAAGUGCCAGCAGAAUUAGGUACCAAAAUUACAAAACUAUAUCUAAUCACUACCGUAGGUUGUACUUCAAAAGUAGUCUUGACUUGAGCUUAAAUGUGUUACGCCCUUUUUGGUUAGAUGAUAAGUCGUUUUUUACUGAUUUGGUGGUCAAUGCUGAUCACAAUGAAAGAGCGCUCAAUAAGACUCGAAAAGACCAGAGAAGAACUACAACUACUUUUAUAUCUUAGGGUCUUUAAUAUUUAGUUACACUGUCACCGGAUAGACACGACGACCGUAGAAAGUAAAAAGGUCCUUAGUACAUAAUUAUUAGGAUCCUCGUAGUCCAAGCCAUUUUAGUUGGCUACAAGUAUUUUUUUGAAUCAUUAUUUCUUACACAGUAAUAGGGCAACGUGAGAUCAGUUGAAUGUACCUGGGGGUCCAAAAGCGUGGGGCUGCGAGACUAAAAUCUAACCUUGCGCUUGGUUUAUACGUCCUCUUUAGAAAGAACAGAAUAUAAGGCAAGGAAUUUAACCCUUCAGAAAAGAUAUUUCUAUUAGAUAUCUUCAGUUGGAACUACAGGUUCAAAACGUAAAUUGAGGAUGCCUUUUGAAAUGCAAGAUUCCAAAUUAUAUUUCUACCUGUUCAAGCGGCGUCCAACUAACAUGCACGUUGACAACAAAGUCAGACUUGUUUUUAUUACGCUAAUGUAAUUUCGCCGUAUUAUGGCAAAUUUUUCGCAUUAUUUUCAUUAAUAUCUAUCUCGAUGUUAUAGCCUUAACCUAUUCGUUUGGCAGGAUAAUAGAAUUCGAAUGCAAACUAGGAAAUUCGUUCGAUCUAAUUAUGCAAUGACUAAUUUCAGUACACAGUCCGUAGUUACUUACUGCGAAGGAAGAUCGACUUCAGCGUGUACUAUCCCCUAAGCGUUCUAGUGAUGCCCAUCCAGUAUGUUUUAAGGCGUGUACGUCACCCUGUAUCACAGAAAAUUGCAGUCGGGUGACGUUUGUAUCAUAAGUUCAUAACAUGAAGAAAGAAUUGCUUCAGAGGAAAAUAAUCUCGGAAUGAAAACAAAGCUUCUUUUAAUCCUUCCUGGCGCGUGCCUUGAUCCCAGUAAUUCUACGUGUAAUACUGUGGGCACACGAAACAAAGCACACUUAUUGAGGGAUGACCUUUGAUGAAAUUUGUUUAUGUAUAACUUAGAACUCCAUUAUCCUUGUAGACGAACUAGUUUUUAAACAACCUCGUCCGCGUAGUGGGCGAAGGCUGUGCUAUACUUAGAAAUGAAUAUAGCAUUUUUUGCUGAUGUAUACUAAUAAAAGUCUUUUGUUUUCUUAA